AUGGCAUCAUUCAGUAGCAACCAAGCAGUAAGGAAGCUAGCGCCCCUUGGAUCAUCACAGAGCAACGAGUGCUUGAAUGGCAUCGUGUCGACGAAAACCCCCAAAUCAAGAUUUUAUGGUGGAUCAGAAAGUAAUGAUUUUCGAGUUGCAGCUUCAGUCGCUCAGUUCAACGAAGGCUACACCUACUUAGAGCASGUCCAAGAACAGCUGUCAUCUGAAAGUAAACACCAACGCCCAAACUUACAGUCCUACAUCAACACGAUGGAUAGAAAGAGGCAACAACAACAUCAACGAAAAUCCAAACUGCAAACAAAAGCGCGUCGUCGUCAUCUAAAGACAAAAAAAGCAUCGAAACAAAAAAGGCUGGAGCAAAAUGAAGGACCCRCUUAUCAAACUGGGAUAGGGUUCACGGACGACAUAACUGCUGAGGAAGUGGAAUCAGUGUGUGCUGAGACGUCWGAUGGUCAUCAUGAAGUCCAGAGKUUUCUUGAACAGAAGCAACWCAUUAAAGGCGUCACUAAAGCUAAUCUWCAAAAUGUCCCUUUCAACGAUAAAGAACGCACCGCAGUGAUGCUUACUUUCGAUUUGGAGACAACAGGAUUUUCAGCAAAUGCUGAAAUAUUGCAGUURUCUUGUGUAAAUUUAAACAGAGACGACACAUUUUCGAGAUUCAUAAUUCCAAAAGGGCAUWUCACUGCUGCUGCAACAAACGUCCACAAAUUAACAGUUGGUCUUCAUAAAGGUCAACGAUCUCUUUUCAAAGAUGGCAACGUUGUACAGGCUACAAAGCUGUAUGAUGCCUUAAAGAGCUUCGACGACUUUAUAAUGGCUCUACCGCAAGAAGAAAUACUCCUUGUUGGACAUAAUGCUAAAUCUUUUGAUGCUCCUCGGCUGGUAAAUGCCAUUAAAACCAGUGGAAUCCUACUAGAAACUAAACACCAGAAAAACAUCUAA